AACUGCAAGUCUGACCGAUUUUAUGUUACUUUUUACAAGCAGGGAACACCUCAACACUUGUGUUUUGCGAUGUCUGCUCAUCUCCUCCUGGCUCUAUUGCUGUCUUGUGCAGCUUUGGCAAAUAGCAAGAAGAUCCCGGCCUUCGCUGGCCAAACAGUUCUACUACCAUGCCACAUCGAUGUCAGCGAUGACAUCCCAACAGUCGAGUGGUCUAAGGAAGGUCUGGCGCAACCCAACAUCGCCUUCUUGUACCGCGAUGGCUGUGAGACCCACGCAAUGAAGAACCCAGUCUUCCAGUAUAGGACGCACCUCAUCAUGAACAAACUGAAAAAUGGAGACAUCUCGCUGGUGAUUUCCAACGUGCAGUUGUCUGAUGCAGGAAAAUACAUAUGUAAGACAGUCCAGGGGAGCAGCCAACAGGUUGUAGCAACUCUGGAGCUCAUUGUCGGUGCAGUUCCUGAGCCAAAACUCUCAAUCAUUUCAGUUAAGGGUGAUGAAGUGACUCUACAGUGUGACGUGGACUGCUGUCCGCCAGAGCCUGAGAUAACAUUUGUGGAUGAUAAGGGUCACACCAUUAGUGCAGAAAACCCAAGGAGAAACCCAUCAGGGAGAUGUUUCAACAUCACAAGGAGAGUGGCCGUGCCAACUACAACCAACAGCGUCACCUGCAGAGUUCACCAGCCGGAAACAGACCAGACCAGGGACAAAGGGAUCGACAUAUCAGACGUCUUCAUGGGGUCCUGCGCUCCAUCCCCCGGCAUCACUGUUCUAGUGGCCAUAUUUGGAUUUGCCUGUGGAUUUGGCUUUGCUGCCUUUUUAUGGAAAUUCGUUUCAUCACAGAGCAAUUUGGCAGGAAGUGACGUCACAUUGGACACAGCUGAUGACUUCGGAUCUGGAUGUGGUGAUGUUGUUGAUCAGCAGAACCAGCCUACAAUUGACGAUAGUGUUUCCAGAAUGUCACUGGACACCCCAAAACCUGAUAACCUUCCCCCUGACUACAGCCCUAAGGCAAGAAGGUUUUCUGAUGUCAAGAAUCCAAAACCAGCGGCCACGACCAAAAGCAACCCUCCAAAAUCUUCCAACACAUCAGGGGAAGGCCAUUUGGUUCGUUCGAAGAGCGUGUCUGUGCCUCGGUCUGGUCAAAACAUUGACAGGUUCCAACGUAGAAAUACGUUCUCAGGUAACCGCUACGCUCCACUGGAAGAUUUAGUUGAAGAGUAA